GGGCAAUGUUACGUGACGCAAUAUACUUGAAAAUAACUCAUUCACAAUAAUUAGAUAACUCUGCAUUAGACAUUUAAAAUACUUUUUCAAUCAUGUGUUUAUAUGUGUAAAGGUAUACUUAAGUCUUGCAUUUGCAAAAUGAAAUAAAAUAUUACAGAACUCAAGCACAUAAUUAUUAAAGGAUUUAAAAUUUUUAACCAUUGAUAUUCAUCAUGAACUGUAUCCACACUAGUAGUUUAGUUAAUAAUAACUAAAUAUAUUAAGAAUUUUUAUUAACAUCGGGAAAUUCAACCAAAUAUUAAUGUAAAAAAAAGAAUACGUUUUACAACUGAUAAUUCAGCUAUUAAAACACACGAAUUUUAGCUAAUAAAAUUUCUAAAUAUAUGAAAAGUAUAAAACUGAAGAAUUAAAUGCCAUAAUUUACAUUUUAGAGAUUUAUGCAAUAACGGUUUUGUAAAAGAAUACAAUAAAUUUCCAACGGAAAAUAAACAAUUAUUUACUGAUAAUAGUUCUUAAAAAGUAAAAAUUGUUAUAUUAAACAUAAGAGGUCAAAACAUAAACUGGCCCAUAACACUAUCAAUAAUGACUUAGCUGUCCCAGCGUUGAAAAUAUUGAAAAUUCAAAACCUUUCUGUACAACAGGUUUAACCCUCUCAUUUAUCUACUCUUAUCAGCCGUUAUCACUAAUAUUUAAUAAGACGGUUAUGUGUUUCAUAAAAUAUCUGAGAUCAUUAUAAAUAUUUAACCAUUAAGGAUUUUUUACUAUGUAAAAUUAAUAAUUUGUAAGCUUUUUUAAAAAUGACUAACUCAGUUUUAGAUUUAUUUAAUAAUGAAAAUCUUGCAUUUGUCAAAGUUUGUGCCCCCAUGGUUCGCUACAGCAAACUUCAGUAUCGAAAACUUGUUAGAAUGUAUGAUUGUAAUUUAUGCUUCACUCCUAUGAUAAUGGCCGAUUCCUAUAUUAAAUCUCCAAAAGCUCGAAACCAUGAAUUUCAGACUGAUGAUGAAGAUCGUCCAUUAAUUGUUCAGUUUGGUGCCAAUAAUUCAACUGAUUUCAUAUCUGCUUCAGAAUUGAUAAUUCCGCAUUGUGAUGGAGUUGAUUUAAAUUGUGGAUGUCCUCAAAAAUGGGCUCUACAAGACGGUUAUGGUGCUCAUUUAUUAAAAAAUCCAGAAAUUAUUAAAGACUGUGUUAGUCAAUUGCGAAACAGAUUACCUUUAAAUAAAACAAUAUCAGUAAAAUUAAGAAUACUUAAUAAUAAUAGAGAAAGUGUUGACCUUUGUCGACAAAUUGAAGCUGCUGGUGUUUCCUUUAUAACAGUCCAUGGACGAACGCCGCUUCAAAAAAAAGAUCCAGUUAACUUAGAAUGUAUUAAACUUAUUAAUGAUUCUGUCAAUAUCCCAGUAAUUUUCAAUGGUGGUAUAAAAAAUUUGUCAGAUGCUAUUUUUAAACAUAAUUUUACUGGUUGUAGAGGAGUUAUGAGUGCCACGAGUAUACUUCACAAUCCAGGUUUAUUUGCUGGCUAUGAUUUUACACCUGUAUCAGCUAUAGAAAAUUGGUUGAAAAUUCAACAUACAAACUUUUUUUGGUUUCAUCAUCAUCUAGUAUUUAUGUGUGAACACUUAUUAAUUAAAAAAGAUCGAAUUAUUUUUAAUAAUUUAAAAAAUGCAAACGAUGUUGUAUCAUUUUUAGAAGAAAAAUUUGACAUUAAAAAUGUACUUUCUAGCAAUAGAACUCUUGGUAAAAAACUAUCUGCAACACCUGGAACAUAUUAUCAAAGUAUUACAAGUAAUGAAAGUAUUCAAGAAACUGCAGAUUUAGUUGAUGAAUUAAGUAGUUUAUUUUGUUAAUUUAAAAAUUACUGUUAAUCUUUAAGAGUUUUUUAAGACAAAAUCUAUGCACUCAUAUAAAUACAUAUUAUUGCAUAUAAUUGAAAAUUUUUAAAAUAAAGUUUUUACAACAGUUUCUAGUAUCCUAAAUAUACCAUACAUUUUUAUGUUUCAAUGUAU